AUGAAUUUAGACAAUAAUCAAAGUUUAGUAAUUAUUCCAUGUAAUCAUGAUUAUUUAAACAAUAACAAUAAUAACAAUAACAAUAGUAAUAAUAAUAAUGGUCAAUCAAAAUGUAAUGAUAUAAAUGGUUUCUGUGAUACUUGUUCUAUUGAUUUUAUGAAUCAGUUCAAUUAUAAUGACGAAAAUGAAUAUUUUAUUGACGAUGAUGAAAAUCAAGAAUUAUUUAAAAUGUUUGGAAAUUUUAAUAACCAAGAAGAAAUUUAUGCAUGUCCAUAUUUAAACUGUUUAAGUGAAGGUUAUGAUGAACAUGAAUUGGCAUUACAUUUAUUAGAAUGUCAUCAAGAACAAUUAUUAAAAAGUAUUUAUAUUGUAUGUCCAUUAUGCACAAACGAAAGACAUGAUGGUAAUUUUAUUAACCAUAUCAAGAAAUAUCAUAUCAACAAAUAA